AUGCCGUACGAGCCGUAUACCUGGCUCUUACCUGCCAAUCUGAAUGGAACCCUGCGUCUUGUCUCGAUAGUUCCUCGCGAAGACAGGCCUGGUGCCAACCUGGAAAUGUGGGAUCUUCCUGAAAACUUGAUAGAGGGGCCAUGUCGCCUCCUGGAAUUGCCUUUGGAGGUCCUGAUCAGUAUACUACACCAGAUCGAAGACAAAGCAGAUCUUUAUGCCAUGCUACGCGCUGCCCCUAGGCUUUACAAUGUUAUCAUACCCAUCUGGUGGAGCCACUUGACGAUCAACCUUCGUACCGAUAGAUACCCUAAAUCGGAGCCAACGGCUCUCUCGCGUUUACUCAAGGCGCAUUCCCCGGAACUUGAUCGUCUCCAGUUUGUCAAAAGCGUUGUUGUCAAGGGAACUUCACCUCCUUUAAACUGGUGCGUUCACCGCAACCGUAUGUAUGGGAAAUUUUUCCAAAAUAUGAGCAAUGAGAUCGCGAGAUUUUUGCGCCAAUUGCGGCCCAACAGCCUAAAACACUUCAGUUGGACUACGGGCACAUGCAUGGCGGAUUCUUUGAUCGCUCCAUGGGGAUGUUUGGCGACGACACAGCGAGACCUCGAAGAAUUGAAGCUUGUGUUGAGUGCUAAGUGUCCCGACCAACAAAGCAGCUUGUACCUGGGCUCUUUCAGAAAGCUCAAAUACCUAUCUCUGCGAGGUCUUAAGUAUCUACCUAAAGCUUCGUAUUUCUACCAGUACCUAGAGGCUAUGAUGCUAGGCUCGUGCGCUACACUCAAAGAGUUGGAACUCGCUGUUGUCCCCGCCGAAGACGAGGCCCCCUAUCGCGGCGUCUUGGAUGGCAAGCAAUUUUUCCCAGUCCGCGGGGCUGGCUCAUCCUCUACACCAAGGGAAGUGCCAAUUAUAUUCACAAGUUCCUGGUACAGCGAAUUUGGCGAGCAUUUCUUCCCAAUUCACCCGAACACGGAUGGUUUCCUGUUUCCCAAUCUCCGUGUUCUACAUCUGGAGAUGGUAUCCUUGGUGGGUUGUGCAGCUAGACUUGUCCAGACUAUAGAUGUGGCGUCCAUGACUUCCUUGACGCUCCGUCAGUGCAAGGGCUGGGACGACCUCUGCAAGCUUAUGAUCCAGGCAGAUGGACAGCUGAGUCUCCGCAAGCUCGAGUUGGAAUAUCUACACGCAGGACGGGAUCCUAAUGACUGCAUCAUCAACCUACUCGACCGCUGUUCCAAGAUUGAGACCAUCUCUAUCUGCGACGGAGGUGAAUGUUCUGAGGGGCUAGCACUGAAGAUGUGGAAGUCGCUUUGUCGGGGGCGAUCCAGCCUCCGAGGUCUGGUCCACCACCAAACUGACUUCAUCUACAAAAUUGAUUGCUUGGGUCCUACCGUGGAUCCUCGGGGUGAUGUUUAUAUUGUUCAUCAGCUUCUGAAUAAACUCUCGGAAUGCAUUAAUUCGCCAAAAGCCAACCCGUUUGCUGAUGUCAAUCUCGAGUUUCUCGGAAUUUGCUGCUUCCCUACCGACAUGUUGGUAGGGAUCCUCCACCCGCUUGCCGAGAAAAAGCGCCUGCGUGUCCUUCAUUUCCGCAAGUCCGCAUACGAAAUGAACGCAAUCAUGAGUCUACGUCGAGCAAUCGAUCGCUUUGUCGUAUGGGCUCUUGGUCACAAUGGUAUCCCAUCCCUGGAAGUGGUCCUGUUCGGAGACUUUUCGGCCUAUAGAGCGAAAAAGGGGGUCAACUGUCGCUAUACUCGAACCGACGGCCAGUAUCCCGGUUACGAUGUCAAGGUUGAUCCUGAUAUCUCUGAUCUUCCGGAGUGUUACUUGUCCAUGGCCAAAGCUUGCCCUAGUCAGUUCACUAUGUGA